GCUUUUACUGCCAAAAAUAAAGCUUAUGUUUUGCUUGAAACAAAUUUACGCAGCACUUUAAAAUGUUUCGAAUGCAAUUUAAUUAAGGAGAUUUCCAACUUUUGAGUAAUAUAUUUUUAUUUAAUAGAGCAUUUUCUGUUUAUUUUUGUAAGCACAGAAGAAAUGUCGUGACUUUAACCAAGUGCCCUUGGUGAAAAUUCAACGGGGAAACAAUCUCUUUUGGCAGUCAUCAUAAUGCUGCCCGCAGUCAAAUCAAAUGUAGUGCCCAAGUUGCAGCCGCUGCAGGCGCCGGCGGGCAAGCGGGGCCCCCAGAAGCAGCGCGCGAGGGAUAGACUGCAGUCCCGCCUGCCCCAGGUCGUGGAGACGGAGAUACGCAGGCUGCGGUUGCCGUACCACGAGGCUCUGUGCCUGGAGCUGGAGGAGGAAGGCUUCCCCACGUCGGCGGGGUUCCUGCGCUCCUUGGUGCAGCUGGACGCCCAGGCGCACGGUGAGGCGCGGCCUGGAGACCCCGUCAAGCGGCCUGGAGACCCCGUCAAGCGGCGAGAAGACCCCGUCAAACGUCGAGAAGCCCCCGUCAAGCGCAGGCCGCCGCUCGCCGGGCAGAACCAGCUACUCGACAAGCUGCAGCACGGCCUCCGAGAAGCGGAGAAGGCGCGCCAGACUGACGACGUGGCGCGCGAGGCGGCGGCGCUGCUGGGGCUAGGGGUGUUCUUCAUGCACGCGGGCGACGCGUGGUGGUGGCUGGCAGACCAGCUGCUGCUCGCGAGCCUCGGCGUGGCGCGGGACCACACCCGCGACGGAGGCCGCGCCGAGGCGCUGGCCAGCUACGUGUACGGCCUGUUCCUCUUCGAGCACAUGCAGGAGCCGGGGGAGGCCGCCCCCUACCUCGCGAAGGCGCGCGACCUCGCCAUGGGCCAGUCCUGGGACGCCGAGGACGAGCUGCGCCGGCCGCAGGACACCGUGUUCGUCGAGUCCUGCCACCUGCUUUACCUGGCUCUCACCAAGAUGGCGGCCGGGCUGCGCGACUCCGACCCGGCGCGCGCCGUCCAGCUCAACAAGACGGCUCUUCGGCGCGCUCAUGACAGCGGCCAGGUCGAGUCCAUCGACGGCGCCAUGCUGGAGCUCGGAGUCAGCUACAUCGCGUCGGGCGAGUACCUGCAGGCCGUGGAGACCCUGGAGGCGCUCAAGAUGAUCUGCUUCGACGAGAAGGACGUGGAGGUGCUGGCCACCACCCUCAUGCAGCUGGCCUUCGCCUACCAGUGUGCUGGCGAUAACGCAAACGCUUUGCAUCAUCUCCGUCUGUAUCUGUCGUGGUCGGAAGAAAACCAACUGGAAGUACAUAUUGCAACGGCGCAUCGCUAUCUCGGGGAAAUAUUCCUCAAACGAAACGAGCUGUCCGAGGCGACGCCCUUCCUGCGGCGGGCGGUCUUCUUCUUCGAGAAGCUGGGCAUGACGCCGCAGACGGAGCAGUCGCGCGCCCUCAUGGCGCUGUCGGCGUCCUUGAUGGCGCUGCCUUUCGUCACGGCGCUCCUGCUGGACGGCCGCGACCCCAGCCUGCGCACGCUCGUCCGCUGGAAGGACUCGCCCAAGAGCUUCUGGAGGGAGCGGCCCGACCUGCCGGCCUACGAGCAGGUGGUCCUGCAGCAGGACAUCUUCGAGUGACGUCAGCGUGCCUAGCAUGUCUCUGCAUUCCUUCUUCAAUCAUAUUCUUCAAAAUGAUUUUUUUUUUACUUUUCAAAUAAACUAAAAAUUGUAAACAUUGUACGGACUAAGAAAUACUUUCAGUAAUUAUAAGUAGUUUCUUUUGUU